ACCAGGGGGAGCCCCGGGGAAGGACCCUGUGUGUCCCCCGGAGGCCCCAUAUCCAUCGGGGCUCUGCGUGGGCGGCCUGAGGCCCCAAGGUUGGUCUCUACUCUGUCCCUUCUCCCCUCCCAGGCAAAAGCCUCUUACAGGGGCUGGGGGAGGGGACCUGCUCUAAGCCCCAGGCCAGGGAAGUGAGUCAGGGUCAAAGCCAGGCCAGCGGCGGAUUCACAAGCAAGACCUAGAGUCUUCGCCUGCGACCCCCACCAGGCGAGGUUCAGGGGCAGGGCAGCGGUGAGCCAGCCCUCCCUGCAGGCCUCGGAUGUGAGGCUGGACACCCAAACCCACGGGACGGCUCUGGCCCCCUCUGUCCAGCAGGGGCCUGAGCUCCGACCCCACCUGAAGAUUCCCUGCUGGCCUGACCAAUCUCUCAUCUCACAGCAGAGACAGUGGCGAUGGGCGCUGGCGGCCCCCGGCGGGGCACGGGUCCUCCGGACGGCGGCUGGGGCUGGGUGGUGCUGGGCGCCUGCUUCAUAGUCACCGGUUUCGCCUACGGCUUCCCCAAGGCCGUGAGCGUCUUCUUCCGUGCGCUCAUGCGCGACUUCGGAGCCGGCUACAGCGACACAGCUUGGGUGUCUUCCAUCAUGCUUGCCAUGCUCUACGGCACCGGCCCAGUGUCCAGCAUCCUCGUGACCCGCUUUGGCUGUCGCCCGGUGAUGCUGGUGGGUGGGCUGUUGGCCUCAGCGGGCAUGGUCCUAGCAUCCUUCGCCACGCGCCUGCUGGAGCUAUACCUGACAGCUGGCGUGCUGACAGGCCUGGGCUUGGCCCUCAACUUCCAGCCGUCGCUCAUCAUGCUGGGGCUCUACUUCGAUCGGCGGCGGCCUCUAGCCAACGGGCUGGCGGCGGCGGGCAGCCCCGUGUUCCUGUCGGCGCUCUCGCCGCUGGGCCAGCAGCUGCUGGAGCACUUCGGCUGGCGCGGCGGCUUCCUGCUGCUUGGCGGCCUCCUGCUGCACUGCUGCGCUUGCGGCGCAGUCAUGCGGCCGCCGCCGGGGCCCGGCCCUCCUCCCCGCACCGGCGCAGCUCCAGGGGAGGCGGACGCGGACGCGGACCGCAAGGGGCUGAGGCUGAGCACGGCGCCCCCUGGCGGCAAGACUCGCCGACGCCUGCUGGACGUGACCGUGUGCGCCGACCGCACCUUUGCGGUGUACGCCGUCACCAAGUUCCUGAUGGCGCUGGGGCUCUUCGUGCCCGCCAUCCUGUUGGUGAACUACGCCAAGGACGCGGGCGUGCCUGACGCGGACGCCGCUUUCCUACUCUCCAUCGUGGGCUUCGUAGACAUCGUGGCGCGGCCGGCGUGCGGCGCUCUCGCCGGCCUGGCGCGUCUGCGACCGCACGUCGCCUACCUGUUCAGCCUCGCCCUGCUGGCCAACGGGAUCACGGACCUGAGCAGCGCGCGCGCGCGCUCCUAUGGCGCCCUCGUCGCCUUCUGCGUCGCAUUCGGCCUCUCCUACGGCAUGGUGGGCGCGCUGCAGUUCGAGGUGCUCAUGGCCGCGGUGGGCGCCCACCGCUUCCCCAGCGCGCUGGGCCUGGUGCUGCUCAUCGAGGCCGUGGCCGUGCUCAUCGGGCCGCCUUCUGCCGGUCGCCUGGUGGACAUGCUGAAGAACUACGAGAUCAUCUUCUACAUGGCUGGCUCUGAGGUGGUCCUAGCUGGGGUCUUCAUGGCUGUGGCCACCAACUGUUGCCUGCACCGCUCUCGGGACUCACCCCCCAGCCCAGGCAGCGAGGGCGAGGCCAGUGACAACGAGGAUGCUGAAGCCGAAGGCGACUCUGAGCCCCUGCCCACCCGGGAGCCCAGUGACGCGGAGGCGCUGGAGGUGCCAAGCCCCGUGGCUGGGCCCUCGGAGCCCGAGGUGGAGGCAGAACCAGAGCCAGAGCCGGCGCCCAAGUCUGCGUAGCGCAGGGGCCGAAGCGGGGUGGCCGUGACUUCAGCAGCAGGAGCGCUUCCCCUCCCAGAGCCCCCGCUGUUUCCAGAGGGCCUGGCACGAUGGGGACCCCUGGGG